AAUUUGUACAUCCAGAUUUUAUGGUCCCAAUUGUCAACUCCAAUGUCAUUGUCAACAAGGAACUUGUGAUCGUUUUGAUGGAAGGUGCACAUGUCUUUCAGGAUGGACAGGAGAUGACUGCAGUCAAGCUUGCAAACCUGGAUUUUUUGGACGAAAUUGUCAGGAGAAGUGCAGCUGCAAACGAGGAAGUUGUGAUCGCUUCCGUGGAACUUGUGACUGUCCUGCAGGAUAGAGAGGAACCGAUUGUAAUCAAAUGUGCUCUAACAAUACAUUCGGAGUCGGAUGUCAACCAUGCGAUUGUCAAAUUGGUGAAUGCAACUGGGAAACAGGCUGUGUGUGCCCAAGAGGACGUAUUGGAAUAAAAUGCGAACAAGGGUGUGACUCUGGUUACUAUGGAGAUGGAUGUACCUUGAAAUGUGCAGAAGAGUGUAUCGAUGGACAGUGCAGUCCAGACAAUGGACUCUGUGACUGCAAUAAGGAUUUAGUGUGGAAUAAUGGCAACUGUCAAAUUGCCUCAGUUGUCAUAAGCAGUACAAACACUCAGACAGGAGAUGUUAAGAAAGUUGAUACGUGGAUUUGGGCAGCAGUCGGAGGACUACUGUACGCUACCAAAACGAUUCAGGACAAUCAAGGUUACCAGUUGCGUCUUUUCAGACCAAUUCGGCAGCUGAUGCUGUGUGCAAAGGUUUUGACUUUUGAGUUGUUGGGUUAUCAUGUGACAUCAGCUGUACUAUGUUUAUCGGCAAUGCUGCAGCCUGUGGUGGCGGCAAGGUUUCAGACGAUUGCAGAUCAUUUUCAUCAAAGCUCCCAUCCAGUGAAAACGCUUAUGAUACAUUAAUGGGCCUUCCAAAGAACAAUGCUGAACAUAUGAACUUUGCCCAUGUUGAGGAUUUUGUUGUAAGUCUUCCUACUAGAAGACUAGUUGGUGAAAAUCGUACAGAAAAUUAUCCGGGAUAUGAUGUACCCAGGGCAGUUAAGUCAUAAAUUUUAGCAAUCCGGUUUACAAUCUGGCUGAUCUCAGCCCAGUUAAUGAAAUCGAGGUGGCAGCUGCUACAGACAAGACUCUAUAUGAGGACCCUUUUGAGCUGGAUGUUGAAUGACCUGCUAAUGGCAUGUAAAUGACAAGUGUUUUAUCAUGUGUUCAGACCCUUACUUAGUAGUCGUGGUCUACUCUGUAGUUAUUAUGUUCUUGGUUAAUUUCUAUGCAUUAUGUGAAAUGUAGCAAUAUAGUCGUUGUUUGUAAUGACUGAACGAGAUACAGGCAAAUUUUACUGUGGCUUGCUAUAGGAAUUUCUUGGUCUUU